GAGAGAGGAGGAAGGGAGGAACCCAACUGCUUGAAAAUAAGGAAGUGAAUAAAGACAGCAAAGACAGUGUUCCCUAAUGCCAAAGGAUUUCCUGGGUUUGUAGUAGCAGCAGCCACCAGCCAAGGAAAAUGACAAGCAAGAAGAUCAGGUCAGUAGUGCCUUCGGAUGCUUGGUUUUCAAAGCCUUCCAGCAAAAUUAAUCAAUGGAGGUAUAGCUGGCCUUGUGGGGGUGACUUGUGUAUUCCCCAUUGAUUUGGCCAAAACCCGUCUCCAGAAUCAGCAAGGACGAGCAGUCUACACAGGCAUGCAAGAUUGUUUGGUGAAGACAAUACGUUCAGAAGGGUUGUUUGGCAUUUAUAGAGGAGCUGCUGUAAACCUCACUCUUGUCACUCCUGAAAAAGCGAUCAAGUUGGCAGCCAAUGAUUUCUUCCGACAGUUGCUCUCCGUGGAUGGAAAAGAAUUGUCAUUGGCCAGGGAAAUGCUGGCUGGCUGCGGAGCUGGGACAUGCCAGGUGGUGGUCACAUCCCCAAUGGAAAUGUUGAAAAUUCAGCUUCAGGAUGCUGGACGGCUAGCUGUUCAUCAGCAGAAAGCCCUGGGGCUGGAGGAAACAACCGCUGCCUCUUCUCAUCCGCCACAAGGACAGCCUUACACCACUGGAAAUAUGGCGGCCUCCAAACGCCCUUCUGCCACUAGGAUUGCAAGUGAACUGCUGCGCACCCAGGGGAUAGCAGGCCUGUAUAAAGGGCUUGGGGCCACCCUACUCAGGGAUGUCCCUUUUUCCAUCAUUUAUUUUCCACUCUUUGCCAACCUUAACAAGUUGGGACAAAGGACCUCUGAAGAAAAAGCAUCUUUUUUUCAUUCGUUUCUGUCUGGCUGUGCAGCGGGAUCUCUGGCUGCAGUUGCAGUAACACCAUUGGAUGUUCUAAAAACUCGCAUCCAAACUCUGCAGAAGGGACUGGGAGAAGAUACCUACAAUGGAAUCAUUGACUGUGCCAGGAAGAUCUGGAUUCAUGAGGGUCCUUUGGCUUUUAUGAAAGGAGCAGGAUGUCGUGCCCUGGUGAUAGCUCCCCUCUUUGGCAUAGCCCAAGGAGUCUAUUUCGUUGGCAUUGGAGAAUGGAUCAUGAGUUUUUUCCAAUAAUGGCCAUCUUGCAAUUGAAGAAGACUCUGGGUUCAAUUUGCUCAAGUGCCAAUCACUUGAAAAAUCAACCGAACCAUCUUGUGAGCAUUUUUGUGGUUCAUAAACCACCAUCCAGGAAGAUGGCCUAGAAGGAAUACCAAUCCCAGCAAUUCACCAUUACUUCUUUUUUUUUAUUCAGCAGAUGACUUUCGGCGAACUAGAAGAUAAGACAUUGUGCUUCUAAAUACACACAUUCUGGGUAAAUCUUCAUUGGAUUAAUUACAUCUAAUAGAGCAUUCUUUGACUGUAAGCAUAUUUGAAAGCUAUCGUAUCUGUAAAAACAACUGAAAUAGCAAAUGCAAUACAAGUAGUAUUCAACUUAAGACCAUAAUGGGGCCUGCCCAUUAUAGUUGCAAGUGGUGACAGCUGUUAAGUGAGGUGGCCUUGCUUAAUAACUUCCACUAUCUGCUUGCCUUGAUGAGGCCAUUAAAUGAAUGCAUGAGUUGUUAAACAGAGCACGGAUACCUCAAGGAUGGGAGGAGAGACCUAGGACAGGCUCAGGCCCACCUGCCCUAGGCUUUCCAAGUCUCCCCUACCCCGAGGCAUCCCAUGGUCUGCUUCUCACCCAAAGGGGCAUUAUCCAAACCGGCACGCAGGGGCUGUGAGGCCUUCUUUUCACUCAGUCACCCAAGGUACUUGCAGGACUCUCUGCCUGUUCCUUAGCCAACUCCAGGGACCAGCAGCACCCAAGUUAUCUGCUCCCCCCUCCCCCCCGCAAAGGCUCCCAGCUGAGGUGACCCACGUCAACCCUGUGCUACAGUAUUUUCUGCAAGCAGGCACUAUUGUUGCGAGCCCAUGUGUGGGUGGGGGGGCUCCAUUUUAAAGAAGGUUCUAAAAACACUCUCCAAAAUUAGAGCCUCUGUAAAAAAAACAAAAACAAAUGGAGCCCGCUACAGGCAUCUGACAUUAGCACAAGGUUGCCUUUAUGGUAUUUUUUUUAGGUUUCUCCAAGGAUGCAUCUAGGCCGCAUCAUUGCGACCCCUAAUCAGUUCCUGUCCAAUUGUGAAUAGUUUCCCACCACCACCAAAAGGAGCUUUAGGCUAGACUGGAAGUCAGAAAAACAUCCUGUAAGACAGCAACGGCAAACCAUUUCAAUACUGUUGCUGAGAAAAACUGUGUGUUUAUAUUCAUGUGGAGCCACAUUUGACUUGAACAAGCGUUUUUAUAUAUUAUGCCUUUCUAUCACUGUAUGCAUAAGCUUUAUACCUCUUUAUUUGUGCCUGGUGCAAAAUGUAUAGAAGUUUUAGUUGCACAGAUUACCAUUCACCAAUAUUGGACACAAAGUCUUCCUGCAGCACUGCCUGUUUUUUAAAAGGAUAUUAAAUACAAGCUGAUCCAGAAUAUUACUGCUAGUUUUUUUGUCCAUGAAUGGUUUUUUUUAAAUGUUUAUUUCAAGUUUUCAAACUGGAGUUACCCUAGAAUUUGGACCAAAGUUAAACUUGCUCCUCCAGCAGCCUUUAAUAGAGGAACGGCAACCGAUUGGGGGAACAAAGCUAGGGUCAAAUCAAUCUCUGUAAAGAAUUGGCUAGGAAAGGAGACUAAUAUUCACUGUCCAGUUAUAUACAUAACAACCUUUAAAAAGAAUAAUUUAAAUUCUGUGAAGAGAGAUAAAGAUCAAAUAUAAGCCCAGCGAUAAGGCUGAAUACCUGAAAAAUUAAAAACCUCUUUCUUCAUAAGAAAGACGUACCUUAAAGGAAACCUGGGGUUCUCUUCACUAAAAUGUCUGUCGCUCUGUCAGUCUAUUUUAACAAGGUAAGAUUCCCCCUCAAAAAUAUGCUUCAGUUUUAGAGUAAUAUUCAUUUUAUCAGAGUCAUUAAGUUAAAUUAAGAAACUUUAAUAUGUAAGAC